AUGUCCGCCGGCCACGUCGCCCGGGCCAUUCAGAGGCCGCCACCUCAGCAGCCCCGCCUCCGCAGCCGAUCCGGCGCCGCCAUCUCACCGCGCCUUCCCCCGCCGCCGCUGGCCCUGCAGGCCCAUUCGGGGCCCACCCGAGCCCGCGGGAGCCCGGAUCCCCGCCGCCUUCGCCGGAGCUCCCCGCCGCCCUCGCGGGACCUCGCCUCUGCCACCACCGCUCCACCGCGCGCCGCUCGCCGCCUCCACUGCCGGCGCCCGCGCGCCGCCCGGCCGCCGUCCCCGCGUGCCGCCCGAUCCGUCGCGCCGCUCUUCGCCUGCGAGCGCCGCCCCGCUCGCCGCCUUGCUCCGCCACCACCGCGCUGCCCGCGUCGCGCCUUGCUAGCCGCAAGCUCCGCCGCACCACCGCGCGCCGUCCUCCGCCGUGCCGCAGCUCGCCGACCCACGCCGCCCCUCGCCUCCUCUGCCGGAUCCCGCGUCCCCGCGCCUCCCCGUCAUCGCCGGAGCUCGCCGGAGUUCCUCUCCGGUCGGAUCUGGAGAAGUUUUCUGUUAACUUCAUGA